GGGAACAUCUUCGAAAUCGACGUCGCGAAAUACAACUUAGUUCUAAGCCUCACUCUUCUACGAAAUUUCAAUUGGACUAUUCACACACGUCGAUUGAACACGGAAUUUACGAUGCGCCCUUCUCAGGCUCUGAUGGCCGGUGGCGGUGGCCCUAUUGGCAAGCAUGGAAAGUAUCUAGGUGAAUGGGGCCACUUUGGUGGUCAACCGCAGAAGGGUAUCAUCAGCUACGUCCUGAGCGCAAACAAGCAGAACCCAUUCGCCGGUGCCGCACACGCCGCUAUCUUCAACACCUGGCGACGAUUUAGCGCCCAGGUCCUCUACGUCGCUCCCCCAAUGAUAUUCUUCUACUGCGCCAUGUCGUGGGCUAUAGACCGAAACCACUUCCUCAACUCCAAGCAUGGCCGCGCGGAAGCCGCCGAAUAAUGGAUUUAGAUGGUCCUAAUAGACAAGUACGGUUGGAGGUCGAACUGUCGCGUGUAGACAAAAUCUUGUAUACCUAUAAAUAGACCGGCAAAAGAAUCAAGAAUAUCAAGCUCUUUUCAUAUGUGCCUAUAUAGGUAGCCAUAUUGCUGAGUCUUCUAGUGAUAUCCGUUAAGCUAUGGUCCAAGUUACUGAGCUAGCGUUGACACGACACGUCUCAGAAGCGCAUCUUCAAUUUUUUGAUAAAUCCAAGGCAAUUUUAGAACAUAUUAUAUCC